CGGACUUUCUUUCAGACUACCCUUAGGGAUUUGCAGCCUUCUUCCUCCCUUCCACGCUCAUUAUGACUCAGACUUCGUCGAUGGGCCCUCCUUUAUCUCCUCGUGAGAUAAGGCGCUCCGGUCGUCGUUCUGCUCCUUCAGUAUCUACUUCAAACUCAAAAUCCCCAGACUCAGACCCUCCGCAACGUCCUCCAAUCGUUUCCUCUGGCAGCGGUGGUAGUCGUAACAAGCGUCUGAAACAAGAAGAUGUCGACGAGUCGGUUGUCUCUGUCAACUCAAAUCCAACUUCGAACGGUCGCGGAAAGCGAAGGUCGAAGGAAAAACCGGCUCAACACCAACAACCCCCGGAGCAAGUUACAGACACUGUUGUUACUGAUCUCCCUGUAACGCAAUCUGAGGAAGAGGAAGAACAAGGUAUUACGCGUUGUGUAUGCUCAAGUACUGGAGAGGACGACCCGGAUGCUGGCGAAUUUAUGGUUCAAUGCGAGACUUGUAAAGUCUGGCAGCAUGGCUUGUGUAUGGGAUUCGAGUCCGAAGAUCAAUUGCACGACGAUGACUAUUAUUGCGAACAAUGUCGACCAGAACUGCACACAGAAUUGUUGAAAAAACUCUCCAAAAGAGCUCGCCAGUCAUCAACUACUUCUCAUCACACCGCUGUGCCCACAUCGUCUACCACAUUCAGGUCGCAUUCACCCACUCACACGAGCAAGCAACCUUCCAAACGUCGAAACACGAUGAACAGCAGAGAUGCCGCCUUUGAUGAGAACUUGAAGGAGAUUCUAGAGUCUUCGGCGGCAGAAGCAGGAACAGGUUUAGAGACCGCAAGUUUAGUGUCCAACAAUGGGAACGCCUUAACUUCACCUCCUGAUGCCGAGGAUUCGGUGGAGACGGCUCCAAAUAACCGGAAAAAGAGGAAACGUGCUGAUAAUGAUCCUGCACCUGUCAAAAAACGUACCAGGUCUAUGUCGACAGCUUCGGACCAUCCUGCUGCAGUACCGUCCCUCACUCCACGCGAAGAGACUCCUACUUUACCGAAAGCUCCUACUACAAAUACUACGAUGCAGAAGCCCCCAGGACGAAAUAAACGCGGUGGACGUAAAGCCGCAACAACGAUAGAGCCAGCGGUCGAUGGAGAGGGAGUACCUAUUCAGACUUCUAAGAGGCAAGGAAAUGGUGGCCGGAACAAAAAUGUUGGUGGAAAUAAACGUCCACCCCAGUCAACAGCCGGCGUGGGAUCCCACGAUUCGCGUCGUGGUCAAGCGAAUACCAACAGCAAUCAAAAUGCAGGGUCAAACGCGACAGAUAACUCACGUGCGCAUCGUAACACACACGCUUACGUUGUUUCCCAACAGCCACUUUUCACAUCUUGGAACCUGCCUGAUUAUCUUGCUCACUUGGAGGCCGUACUUCCCACGAAUGUUCCUAAACCGCUAGAGGUUGUGUCUGGUAUCACCGGUCGAGGGGAAAGCAUAGAAAGGACGACAGAACGAGGUGUUAAGGUGAAAUGGCCAAGUAAAAGAAUGAGCGUUGUGGACAUGAACAAGAGAGUGCGUGCAUUGGUCGAAUGGGUUGGGAGAGAACAAGCUAGUGCUUCAGAAAGGGCAAGGCGACGAGAGUUUUUAGAGAACGCGUUGAAGGAGAACGCUCUACUGGAUAAAGAGGCAGAGACAUCUGGAGCAGGCAGUGAUACGAUGGUCCUAGACUCGGGGCCACGUAGUGCCUCACCAUCUGCAAUACAGUCUUGUCAUGAAGAUGUCCUGCUGUCAGGGGGGGAGUCCGAGCACACCUCGUUGAUGAAGGAUAUGGAGAAGCUCAUGACGGAUUUGAUUACAUUCCAAGAACGUUUUGGGCCAGGCGUGAAGGCACGGGACAGGGAAAGAAGGCAUGCUUCUUAGCAUCGCUUCUCUUUAUAUCUUGUACUUUCCCGACCUUGCACUACACAACUGUUACUAUCGUAUUCCUGUAUUUUAUGAUCGUCAUCCCCAGCCUAUCUAAAACUGCUAUCGUAUACUUCAUAUUCCAGUAUAUCGGGGCUUCUGACCUCUUCGCCUUUCAAUGGUCCCAUGAUCAUUCAUACUCUAUGCCAUUCUCAUUCCAUUCGCAACG